AUGCUUAACACGCGCAAGAAGCUGGUGAAGGAGAAGGGCGCUGCCCCCACGGAGCUUGACCAGGAGGUGGCAAAGGCGCUCUUCGACAUUGAGGUGUCUCCUUCUUGUGACAUCAAGGCUGACCUCAAGGAUGUCUACAUCAGUGGCGCCAAGGAUGUUGAGGUCAAGCAUGGUGUGGCCAUGGUGGUGCACUUUCCUUUCCGAGUGUGGAAGACAGUGAAGAAGAUCCAGGGCCGCCUGAUCAGAGAGUUGGAGAAGAAGUUCACUAGAAAGCACGUCGUCCUCGUGGCCAACCGCACCAUCCUGGACAAGAACUUCCGACGCAAGGGCCUGAAGGUGAGGCCUCGUAGCCGCACACUCACCGCAGUGCACGAGUCCAUCUUGGAAGAUCUAGUGGGACCCACGGAGAUUGUGGGCAAGCGCACGCGCAUCUCGGUGGAUGGCAGCAAGCUGAUGAAGGUGCUCCUUGACCCCAAGGACAAGGACAAGGAAAACAUCGAGAGCAAGCUGCCUGCCUUCGCAGCCGUCUACAAGAAGCUCACCAACAAGGAGGCGCAGUUCAUGUUCCCCACAGCAUGA